AUGGCCGCCGCCGUCGCUCCGUCGAGUCCAUCCCAUCCCGCUCCACAACCCUCACGAACCGACCCCGCCUCGCUCCUCACACGGCAAGACGUCGAGCGACACUUGUCGGCACUUGUCGCACAAGAGUCAAAUCUCGAUGCGCGCCUCACGCAGCUCAUCUCGUCGCGGAGCCGGCUCGCCCACCAGCUCAAGUCGCUCGCUUCGCUGUCCGAGGUAGUGGGAGGUAUCCAGGGCGAAGCAGAGCAUAUGGCUGGCGAGAUCGCAGCGGUGGCAGAGACAGCAGACCGGGUAGGAGCGAAGGUGCGGGGUCUCGACGAGGAGCAGUCGCGCGUCAAGGAGUGCAUUGAGAUGGUGCAGGCCGUCCAGGAGCUCAAGACGGCCAUCGCCAGCCUCGACAUCGCGAUGCAGAAGCAGGAUUGGGAGGCCGCAACUCGGUGCAUGCAGCGGGCGAGGGCUAUCGACCCUAACAUCGUCUCGAGCGGUUUCGCGGAGGCUGUCGUGCCAACAUCGGACCUUCCCUCGACUCCCUCCGCAACUCUCGCCCAACUCCGCGCCUCCCUUCUCGAAACCUUCGUGACCGCCUUCCGAACUGCCGCCGAAGUGAACGACACGAACAACAUCAAUCGCUUCUUCAAGCUCUUCCCGAUGAUUGAGGAGGAGGAAAAAGGCCUCGAGGUGUACGCCGACUGGGUUGCAGGCAUUGUGCGGGCGAAGACAGGCGCGCUGAGCACGAAGAGUCAAUCACCGACUCACUUCUCGGCCCUCCUCACGACUCUCUUCGAAGCCAUCGCCCUCAUUCUCUCCCAUCACCAGCCCGUCGUCGAGAAGUACUAUGGCGAGGGCAAGAUGAUGUCAGUCGCCGGCUCGCUGAUGACGGAGACCGAACGACUAGGUCUGCGAGUGCUGGGGAACUGGGAGGAAGAGCGGCGGAUCCGGAAGAAGGUCGCGGACGUGCGGGAUCAUCGGUUUGCGGGCGUCGGUGUGCUGAAGAAGGCGGCGCCAAAGGGGACGAGCCCGAUGACGGCCCAGACGGGCUUCGACGGUGCGAACGGAGUCGCGCAGGCGGAAGGAGACAUCAAUCCACGGGAGAUUGAUGCCGUUCUCACAGAGUUGACGAUGAUGAGCGGGCGAUGGGAGCUGCUGCGGAGGUUUCUGUAUGGCACGCUCAAGGACGAUGAACCCCAAACUCCUCCAGCGACAGCUCCGCCCCCGUCGACGACUGCUACAGCAACUCUCGAAGCUGAUCCGAACGCUCGACAGCCCGAAGUCGCGCCAACGGACGAGGCAGAUCUCGAGGUUGCGGAGAACAGCGCGCUCGGCAAGGAGAUCGCCAGGCAGCUUAAAGAGACGUACAUGCCCCUCGAACUGUGGUACUUGCGGACGGCUAUCGAGCGAGCACACCAGAUGGACGAGCCCGACUUCUCCUCCACGCCCUACCUCUCUUCCUCGCUCGACGACAUCUUCUACAUCGUAAAAAAGACGAUCCAGCGGCUCGUCUCGACCGCUCAAAUCGACAACCACGUCGCGAUGAAUGAGGAGCUCCGGUCCGUCCUCGACCGCGACAUGGCCGAGAUCUGGCGGGCGCGGAUCGAGGCCGCGUUCAGGGACCUUGCGGCGAGUCAGACGGCGCAGAGCGGGAUGGCGAUCGGUGUGAGUGGGAUUGGGAGCGUUGCGGCGAUGGGCGGCCGGGCGAGGGAGGAGGAGCGGGAACGGCGGGAGAAGGAGGCGAGGAAUGUCUUCAUCGUCUACCUCAACAACCUCGACACGGCGGCGUCCUACACCUCCCGCCUUCUCGCCGAAGUCCUCGCCUCCGAAGCGCUCGAGUCGUCCUUCUUCCUCUUCUCCGAGCUCGAACGCGCCCGCACCUCGCUCUCGCUUCUGCGCAACUCGGAGGAAAAGUUCCGAGCGGUCCUCAAGUCCAGCCUGGAUCACCUCUUCAACCAGCUCGUCCGGCCCAAGUUGCGGCCGCUGCUGAGCGAGGUGUACAAGGAUGUGUCGUACAAGCUUGAUGAGGAUGCGUAUAGCGAGGCCGAGUACCGCGACGAUGUGCGAAAACGCUUCGUCAAAGGCUGGGAUGCCUUGAUGAGCGCGUACAGGGACUCGCUGACGGAGAGCAACUUCAACUUGUUCUUCUCGACGGCCGUCAACGUCCUCGUCCGGCCGUGGGAGAGCAUGGUGCGAGGCAUGAAGUUCACCGAGCUCGGCGCCCUCCGCCUCGACCGGGACAUCCGCACGAUCCUCUCCUACCUCUCCGGCCAGGCGCCCUUCGCAUCCGGCUCUCUCCGCGAGUCAUUCUCUCGACUGCAGCAGAUUGCGACACUCCUUACGCUCGACAGCGCGGAUGAGGCGGAGGAGGUGUUGAGCGCGAGCGGGAACAGGUUGACGAGCAGCGAGGUGUCGAGUAUCCGGGCGCUCCUGGUGUAG